UAUACAUCCAUGGGAACAGCCGUUGUGCACCGUAGCUUACCCAAAGCCGCGACAUAUUACAGUCUGAUAACAGAUGGCUGCCUGAUUGCAUACUUUAUAUAAACUUCAUAGCUGUGUUUUUUUUAAGUGUUUUCAAAGUAGCGUGUUGCCAUUUGUAAAGCUCGAGUCCCCCGUCAGUAGCUUGAAUACUUGCUAGCUAGCGUUAGCCAAGUAACUAGCUAAAACAGCUGGCCCGUUUAUCGCCAUUUUGCGCAUUCAACAGCUCAAGACUUUUACCAGCAACAAGUAGCAUGGCAGAGGCAGACCGACCAGGGAAGCUCUUCAUCGGUGGACUGAACACCGAGACUACCGAAAAGGCCCUGGAGCAGUACUUCAGCAAAUAUGGCAGGAUUGUCGAAGUUCUUUUGAUGAAAGAUCGUGAAACAAACAAAUCCAGAGGUUUUGCUUUUGUUACUUUUGAAAGUCCGGCUGAUGCAAAGGAUGCAGCACGUGAGAUGAAUGGAAAGUCCCUUGAUGGCAAACCUAUCAAAGUGGAGCAAGCGACAAAACCACAGUUCGAGAGUGCUGGCAGGCGAGGACCCCCCAUGCACCCCCGCAGUCGUGGUCCACCCAGAGGACCCCGUGGUUCCAGGGGAGGUUCAAGUGGAAUGAGGAGCCCACCGUCCAGAGACUACCAUGAUAAUUCAGGGAAUGUAGAACCCUUCUUUAAAGGGAUGUCAUCCAGAGGUCCCCCUCCGAUGAAGAGAGGACCCCCAGAUCGUAACGGAGGUCCCCCACCCAAGAGGUCCGCACCAUCUGGUCCCAUGAGCAGAACCCCCAUGUCAAGAGACAGGGAUCCGUAUGGUCCACCCCCUCCUCGCAGAGACUCCAUGAUGUCCAGGAGGGAUGAUUAUCCAUCACCAAGAGAUGACCAUUACAGCUCCAAAGAUAGCUACUCCAGUCGGGAUUAUAAUUCCAGAGAUUCAAGGGACUAUGGACCUCCUCAAAGAGAAUAUUCAUACAGAGAAUACUCAAACUCCACUUCCAGAGAUGACUAUGGCUCAAUGUCAAGAGGAUACAGUGACCGCGAGGGUUAUGGGGGAAGCCGGGAACCCAGAAGCUAUGUGGACCGUUCCAGUGGUGGCUCCUACAGAGAUUCAUAUGAUGGUUACGGUAACUCUCGCAGCGCCCCAACUUCACGGGGCCCCCCACCAUCCUAUGGUGGGAGCAGUGGAAGCAGUCGUUACGAUGACUAUGGCAGCAGUUCCCGGGAUGGCUAUGGCAGUCGUGACAGUUACCCCAGCAGUCGGAGUGAGCCGUAUCCACCUAGUCGUGGCGAGCGAAUGGGCAGGCAGGAGAGGGGCCCAGCUCCCCCUGUUGAGAGAGGCUACCCUCCUCGUGAUUCGUACAGCAGCUCAAGUCGUGGAGGGCCACGUGGCGGCCGUGGCAGCAAUCGACCCGAUAGAGGGAUGGCUCGCAGCAGAUACUGAACUGGACUUGGAAAUCACAUUAAAGCAAACAUUAGUCACCGUGCACAGUUACAAGUGUUUUGGAAGAAAUCUGACAACAAGACAAACUAGCCAUGUCGAAAUAUGUGAAAUAUGAAGCUUAGCUUUGACGUGUAUCUUGACCUUUCCAGUUUUUUAUGUGUAAAGUUUUUUUUUUUUUAGUAUUUCUCUUGCUCAUGUAACAGUACAGUUACCAAGUUCGUUUUUGUACAUUCAGUGCUGUUGGAAUCUGCAAUACCCUAUCAGUCUGGCUUUCCUACUCUAAUAAAGCUUUUAGUUGUAUCUUGACCACUGCUCAUCGAUUUUCAAAACAAGAAACCGUAACAUGAAUGUUGAGUUACGAAAUCUCCUUUACAACGUUUUCUGCAAAGCAUAGGUGAGUCUCUGCACAUGCUCUAUAAAUAGUCGAAUGACUUGAGUUCCUUCUUAACACAAAUGUGCCAACAACUGGACGCUACUGUUUUCAAGGGUUAGGCAAAUGUGACUGUCAGAAUGUUCCAAUGUAGUUUCCUUGGAAAUGGAUCCAUCCCCCUAGUCAUUUGAUGGCAUGCAACGAGAAAAACCAAAGGCAACAACAACCAAAUGCAACUCGACUGGUAGUCAACAGCUGGUAAGCAAAGCAAACCUCUUUGUUUCUCAUCUGUAAAUGAGUUUCUCAUUGUCCUGUAUUGCAAUCUCCCCUCAAAGGGUGACACUCAAGACAACGUUUGCCUCAGAGGACAAAAGAUAAAGGAGGUCAACUGAAUGGGCCAUUUUCAUUGUAGUCCGAAUUCAUCAGCUAACAUUGUCCAAAGUGCAGCAACAUCCCAAGAAGUUUCGUCUCUUUUCAGCAAUGAAAGUUUAACCGCCAUUUUGCCAAGUGAGCCCACAAAAUGACCAUUUUUGCCUAACCAAUCGUCCAACCUCAGUAAAAUAAUUGACAACCCUGCAUUUUUAAAUCUUAGGUAAAGAUGUCCUAAGUAUUAUGUAAGAACUUCUUCUUGGUGAAAAUUUAAAAGCCAUUUUUAAAUUUUAAGGGCAGUUUUCUCAGUAUCAAAACCUUUUCCACAAGCAUGCCAAUCCAAACAAUGGAGACCUCUGGAAGAACACCGUCGUCCCAACUGCCAAACUGGAAACAAUCGCUGAAGCAAAUUCGCAGUCGGACCAAGGACUAUAAAAAUAAUUUUCUGAUGUUUCUUUAUGAAUACAUGAUUAAGAGAAGGGCAACAUGUUAAUUGUAUGUUUCUCAUUGCAGGAUGAACACCCCUUCAAGGCAACUGCCCUUGCAACUUACCUGAAUUGUGUCCUGAAGUUGUUGGACCAACGAAACAGUGCGCCAGUCUACCAGACUAAUUGUAGUACAUGUACAAUAAGUGCUCUGCAAAAAUAAAGAUGCUGUCCCAGGCUUCUGUUGAGAGUGCUGGUAAAUCUUUUCUUCACGUGGAAAUGCGAGUUGAACGAAGGAGGAACACAGGCUGAGGAUUUGCUCAUAAUUGUUUUCUGGUGUUCUUUUUAAAUAAAGACUUUUAAAAAGA